CAAUAAGGCCAAUAAUUUGCAAGUAGGUUAAUUACGCGGACUCGUAGUUAGCUUGCGUCGGGUACUCAAGUAUAAGAUAGCGAUUAGUCCGGCUAACUGCCACUUAGAUGUUGAUUCGGAACAUGAAUGCGCUGUAAAAACUUUAACUUUACAGUGGUAACUGGAUAAGGUAAUAACGGGUUGUCAAGUCGGAUUGCCUUAUAACUGGCAUCUCAAAGGACAUUCGUAAACAUGAAGUAUACUGCGUGUAAACUUCAAGUCCACUUCCUUGUCGAUCUAUGGCCAUUCAAAAAUAGCCGAUCUGCUGCUUUGUUUUGUGACGAUGUAUAUAUUUUGAUAGACGAAAGUAAGAACCGAAGUUCGGACGGAUCAGCGGAUCAGCGGAUCAGCAGAUCGGCAAAUUAGUAGGCCUACGUCUUUAGAAGGAGAGAGUUGUGUAUGGAGGUGUCAGGAAAUCAUAAAGUGUGUGAAAUUAACUCAAAUCCUGAUCAGAAGGUAGAUGAAAUCAAGAAAGCUAAUAGUUCAACUACUACCUUAAGUGAAAUACAGCAGGUCCUCAAUCUACAACGGCGAAUAAUUCGCAAUGAGAUGAUGGAUUACCAAUAUCCGAACGAAGGAUAUCAACGUAGAAAUGUCACAAAGCUAAGAGACUUAUUGAUAGAGGAAAAUGGAAACCCGAUGAGAAGUGUGAUUGUCGCACGUGUUCGCAGUGGAAGUACAUUUCUAGGCGAUAUCGUCGCGGCUCAUCCAGCGGUCUUUUAUCACUGUGAGCCACUUCUGGACUUUGGUAAAAUUCGAAUCACAGAUCCACCACUGACGAGUCAAGCCUUGAAAAAUCUGAAGCGACUACUAAACUGCGAAUACACCGAUUUGGAUCACUACAUAGAACAUGGGAAAACUGAGUAUUGGAAUAUUAGGUUUAACACUCCUCUGUGGACGCAGUGCCAAGCGCACCCGAGCAUAUGCCACGAUUACAGAUUUCUCAGCGGAAUGUGUAACCUUUUUCCAUUUCAAUCAAUGAAGAUCGCUCGCCUCAGACUACACAUUGCAAAAGAGCUUCUCGAUGAUAAGAAAUUGGCUGUAAGAUUGGUACUUCUGGUAAGGGAUCCCCGUGGGAUUCUUCAGUCGAGAAAACAUACUUCAUUUUGUCGGAAGAAUCCGGAUUGUUUGGAUCCAGGUUUACUUUGCGCGGACUUGGUAGCAGAUUAUAACUCCGCGGUGGAACUGCAAAAGAAAUAUCCUUCUACAUUUAGGGUGAUACGGUACGAAGAUCUCUCUGUUGCUCCAUAUAAGCAGGUAGAAGAACUUUUCAAAUUUUACGGACUCGAUUUUCAUCCAAAGGUCAAAAAGUAUAUGGAUACUCACACGAAAUAUGACGCCGGCGACGUAUACAGUACAUACAGAAAUUCUAAAAAAGCUCCCUUUCACUGGAGAACAGAUUUGGAAUUUGAAGAAGUCGAAGAGAUACAACGUAAUUGCCUCGUGGCAAUGAAACACUGGGGUUACGUGCCAGCAUUGAACAUUUCUCAUCAAAGAGAAUUCAAUCCCGUAACAGACUAUAAAUUGCACUAGUAAAAUAAUAUCAAAGUCUGUAAGGAUAUCAGAAUGAUUUUCAAAGAUAAAUGUGCAAUACAUUUUAGAUGCUAACCUUAUAGUAGUUAUUAUAUUAUAAUAAUAAUUACAAUAUAAAUGAUACAUUUGCCAAUACAGAUAAUUAUGUGUUUGAACGCUUCGUUGAAUUUUGUGUGCACGGUCUUAUGCCUUGAUUAUAGUUUCAUAAGAAAAAUGUCUUUACUUACCACCAUGCACAGUGAGAGUUACCGUGUCGGUCAAACUUCCAGAUAAGUGAUACAAGUUCGGGCGUCAUUUAAUAAAAUGUUCAGUAUCGUUUGUACGAUCUACUUUACAAUUAACUUAUCACCACGAAGAUAAUUUUACAAAAAGUGUUUUUUAGAGCACAGUCCCAAGUCAUUCCAAGGAUGCAUUCCAGUACAUACUGCGAUUCUCGUACGACUGUCGGUAACUAACGACGUCGUUAAGCUAACGACAGCCAAUGGCAAGGACGAUCCUGGGAAAAAACCCAACUCUCAUCGGCUGUCGUUAGCCUAACGACAGUGGUACGGGAAUCGCAGUACAGAGCUACAUCUAGACAUAUCGAGUUUAGACGUACUGCAUUUGUUCUGGAUUAAUCUUGUGCGCUGUGUGAAAGUACUUUUCAGCGAUUUAUUCAAGAAUUAUUGACUUUCGUAACGUCAUUCUUUAUUUACGUCAUUUAUAAAAUAAAUCAGGAUCUAACAACCUACUAUAUAUUCUCUUAUUUGCUGUAAGUAAUUUACUCAUGGUUUACCAGUGAGUUAACUGUGUUCACGUUAAAA